AUGGCUGAGAGUGCGGUGGGCUUCCGAGGGACAGGAGAGCUGGGAGGCAGCUCCUGGUCCGUAGGCGUGGACCAAAUACUGGCAGCUGAGAAGAGGAGACGGAAUGGCAAUGAAGAUGAUGGUCAUGUUCCCCAGACAAAACGUAAUACCAGGAACACUGUCCUUCAGGAUUCUUGGGACACUGAGAAGGUGGCUGUAACGAAAAACAGUAAGGAACACAGACUAAAAGGAAACAAAGUGUCCUGUGCGUCCUCCAGCAGCGAUAGCGGCAGCAGCAGCAGCAGCUGUAGUAGCAGUAGCAUCAACAGCCCUGACAGAGCGUGCAGUGCAGAAACCAGCCUAAACCCGAUAAUUGCAGGAUCCAGUCCUGUUUCCUCUCAGUCCUUCCACGAGCAGUCUGCACUAAGCCAAGGUCCUUACUUCCACAUCAACCAGAUCCUGAAGGAGGCACACUUUCACAGCUUACAGAGCCGGGGACGCCUUCCUACAUGAUGAACCAGCAGUUCCCCGCCUUCUGU